GUGUAACUUCAUCGGUAAAGUCCCAUCGCUAAGUCCCGGGCAUGUGGAGGAGUAAAACUCGCCUCCAUGGCUUAGGAAGGGAAGGAGAAGAAGGAGGAGUAGGGGAAGGACAGAGAGCACUCCGCUGCUCCCAGCCUCCACCAGCAAAGUCCCAGACUAUGCAAGUGAGCAUGACGUCAACGGGAAUGUGGAAAAGCAGUGAAUACUCCUGAUUGGCCCGGACAAAAGAUCUGGGCGUGGCUAUUGAGGUUCGGAUUGUUGAAUUAACCAAUGACAGAAUGGGUGACAGUUACCUUGGUUACAAAUUUGUCCAACCUAUACACACCAUGCAGAGACGAGUGCCGCGAAACACUAAGAAGAAUUAGAAAAUUCCACUGUAUAGAACUUUCGAACUUCAUAGUCACUAAGGACGUGACGUCAUCAACAGUCUAAAGAAGACAGCAAAUCAACGCUUGUCGCGGACAUCAAAUGAAUAGAAGGUAUACAGAGAAGAACGCAUCGAGGCAGGGCUUAAUGGUGUUUCACAAUGAAGAGUGCACGAGACCUGCAGUCCUUCAUCUCCAAAUACAGGGCAGAUGAUGUGGAAAAAAUGGCACUGAGAAUAAAAAAUGGUCUCAGCAGCUCAAAGUACAAACCAGCCGACUAUAGGAGACUUCAAGCCGUUGUUGACGCCAAGUGGUUGGAAUCUGAUCUAAUUGGACAAAAGGUCGAAAGAAUCCGCUGUGCAGCCAAGGCAACCAAGGAGAGUUCAAUUUUGCAGCAGCACAGGCAGGUGUGGAGCAGAGAGUGCCCCAGGCUGCAAAAAGCUGAGGAGACGGCUGACAACGACGUCAACUUUUUUCUUGAGCACAUCAAACCCAUCAGUAUCACAGACACUUGCAUCUUCUCUCUUCAGGAGUAUGAGCUUUUCCUUGAACGAGAACGGGAGGCGUUCAGAAUAGCCACCGUUGAGCCUGUUUAUCAACUCAAGGAUGACCUGAGCUACAGACAGGGUGAAGUACAGAAUUCCACCGGACAUCAGCCUGAAUGGGAAGCAGUUACACUACAGAUACAAUUUGUGAAAGACCAGCAGGCUGACAUUAUUGCAAGUCUCCAUGCAGAGUGUGAAGAGCUGGAGGAGGAGAUAAUGGGCCUCAACUUGGAGGAAUAUCUUACUCCGUAUUGUUUGGCAAACAUUGAGAGUAUUCCUGGGGAGGUUUUGGAUUCAGACUGUCCUUACACGGAGCUGAAAGACUCACUGAUUCAGGCCUUCCACUACUUGUCAGAAAUGUAUCAGGGCAGGCUGAAUAGUCUUCAAGAGCAGCUGCAAAGGACUGACAGGUUCUGUGGCUGGUCUCCAGACGAUCACCUGCGCUACCAGUUCACAGUGUCUCAGUACACUCACGACAUUCCCAACAACAGGUCUCUCUGCUUGGACAUGGUGCAAAGGCUCUUUCCUCAAAAGACUAGACAAGAUCUGAUGGAGCAUGAGCGUGUGCUGGACUGGCAGCGUUUUACCCAGGCACAGCAGAGCACAGUGACCCAGCAGUGGCAACGUGACCAGGAAGAGCUACAAGCCAGCGCUUUGGUCACAUUGCAAGAGGCAAGAGACGCCCACCAGGAGGAGCUGGAGCACCAAAGAGAUCGUCAGAACCAGCAGGAGAUAUGUAUGCGACUUAGACAGAAGCUGCAGCAGUGGCAUGAACAGCAGCAGGAGGUGGCAAUGCUUGAGGCGGCUAUAGCUUUUCGACAACAAGCUGAGGAAAAGGCGAGGUUAAAGAGGGAGCAGGAGAAGGAAGCUGCUGUCAGGUCACAGCAGAAAGAGAAGGUCAGGCAGUUUAAUUUAAAGCAGGAGAAGAGGAGGGAGGAGCUGCAGCAGAGAGAUGAAAAGAGACUUGCUUAUCUGAGGAGCGUCAUGGAAGAACAGGCCAGGAAAAAUAAAGAGAGGGUGCUGUUUAGGCAGGAUGCGCUGCAGCAGCGAAAGGAGGAGAGAGACGAGAAGGAGCUGGAGCGUCAGAAACAAGAGGAAGACAAACAGAAUCGUCUGGAAGCUCUCCGAAACCAGGUUGCCGUCGUGGUACAGGCGGAUCCAGAGAGACUGAUGGCAGAGACGGAGGCUUGGAGGAGUCGACGUUUGAAUGAGGAGGAGCUUGAGCUCCAAAGACCUCUCUUCAGUAUUAACACAUACACAAACACACAGAUUGAGUCUGAUCCCAGAUUGCGAGUUGAGCAGGCGCUGCGCCAGGCUGGCCUGCAGUACAGCCUCUACACCAAACAGGUUCUGUCGACUAUCAAACCACCAAGACCACCACGACGGGACACAGAAUCCUCAUUCAACUUCUGACCAAAGGUUUGGCAAUAGACACAGCGUCAGUGGAGGUACACUUUAAGACCAUUCUGGUCUAAACAAGGUGGAAAUUAUUUUAUAAAGGGUGUUAAAAAGUAGAGUGAAAAUAUUUUAUUGUAAACUCUUGCAGAUAAUAUCACCUGUAUCAAAUGCACAAAAACCAUGACCAAACAAACAAAGGAAAAAAAAGAAAUGUCUGCAGCAACCACAUGUAUUGGUGCAGGCAGUCUAGCAGCAGGUCUCUCCUAGCAGUUGCUAAAAUCCAGUAUUUAAAGCUUGAAGUAUGAUCAGUUAGCAUUAGCAUCCCCAGUGUACUCACAGGAUCUACAUGGAGCUUUAGGUAAUAAUGAAAGAGAAAAAUACUUUUUCUAUUUGUGUUUAUUGCAUUUUAACAAAUACAGUAUACUGCAGUUUCUUCAAGAAUGACAAACACAUAUACAUAUAACCCAACAAAAUCAACUUUCUGUUCACUUAAAUAUCUCUUUACACUGGGAGAAACCCCAAAGAAGAAUCUUGAUAUUUUUCACAUAACAAACAUAUAUAACAAACAUGCGAUAAAAAAAA